GCCCGUCACACUCUCCUCCGCCAUACAGCCGAUCGCCAUGAAUCCUACCUCGUCGCCAAGUCAGACCCCGCCCGCCACAUCACCAAGUGCCGGGAUCCGGUCUGUCAAUAUGAGGUGCGAAUCGGGACCAAGAAAGGACAGCCUCGGGUGACGGUCUACAACCCUCAUACGUGUCCCCCAUCCACGCACGACAAUUGGAAGCAAUCCCGAUCGUCCAAGCUGAAGCCGAAUUAUGUGGCGGCCGACGAGGGGAGUCGGAAGCAUGGUCGACGCAAUUCGCAGUCGUCGAGUGAUGAGGCUGAUGGCUUGGAUCGGAAGCGUCAGCGAUCGCGCCAGGCCUGCACGCAGUGUCGGUUGCGGAGAGUCAAGUGCGAUGGCAACGUUCCAUGCAGCAUGUGUGCGAGCUCCAGCGUCGACUGUGAGUAUGUCCCAAACACUCGUCUAGCGGGUGCGCGGCGUAUAGCUUCAGAGGAUGGGCAGGUAGCUCCACAAGGAACGGGCGCGGUGCGCACCAGCAGCCCGUCAGCUCCUCACGGAAUCUUGGAGCCCUGGAAGCAGCGGUUCGUGGGGCGGCAGUCCUCGGUCGCGUUUCCACUGUUUGUCGGGCUGGACAUGCAGGCUCCCAAUCCCCCACGUUUGCAUUCGUUCGCCUACAAUCCGGGGGUUAGACGGGAGCCGGAAACUAGCGUCCACUUUCAGGUUGCUGAAGUCAUCGACUGGGUGGUGGCUAAGCGCCUCAUCAAUGUAUAUGUGACCACCAUUCACCCCUUAUUCAACUUCCUAGACCACGAAAGGCUGCUUCAGCGGGCCGAGGAGCAUUGGCACGGGAAGCCUCAGGGGCUGAGCUUUGAGGCAGUGAUCUGCGGGGUCGUGGCAUUGGGAUCGUUGUUCAACGGCGUCGAAGAGGCAUUGAUUCAAGAAAAGGAGUCGUGGGCAGUGCAGCACGCGAAAAGCAUCCUCGAGGACUACGUCGUCGGCCGGUUCCCGACCAUCGAGCACGUGGCCGCAUACUUCCUGCGCACGUUGUACAUGCGCACCACGAGCCGACCGCAUCUCUCUUGGCUCUGCAGCUGCACGAUGAUGCAUCUCGUCGAGGCCACAGGGCUGCAGCACGGGCCCGACGGCUUCAUGCUGGCGCCCGGCAGGGCCCCGCCGGACACGGCAUCAAGGCAACCGUACAACCCGAGACGCACCGCGCAGGUAGCCGAAUGUCUGCAAACGCUGAUCGCCUGGGACUAUGGGCGGUCCGUGAUGAAUCCCACGCUGCACGCCCGGCAGGAGGACUUCUCCGCCACCUUCAAGACCGAUCUUUCCUCCCAACUCUGUACCUUGGUUCAGGCCAUACCCGUGAGCACGCCGGGCCGAGAAGUGGGCGCAGACGCGGAAGAUCAGGUAUCCGCGCUGAAGCAGAUCGUCCGUAUCGAGGUCGAUCAUGACUUCCUGGUGCUGGUAAAAGCCGAUCUCGUUUUCUGCUUAUACCGCCGACUACGCCUGAUUAAUUUCCAACUGCGCUCACAGCAGAUGGAGGAGAUCGUCAACGCGGGCACGGCCGCGCUCGCUCCGGCACAAAAACUGGUCUUUCUGGGCCAGCCCUGGUGGAAUGUCCUGGGCACCGUGUUUCAGUUUGUCUGCGUCCUGCUGGCACUGGACACGCCGGACAGUCUGGCUGUGAUCCCGCGCGCGAUGGAGACCCUGCAAAGCAUUUCCGACCGACUCAAUACGCAUUUAUCUACGGAGGCGCUGGCUACAGUCCGGCAACUCGUGCGCGCAUCCGUGAAUAAGAAGCGCAAGGGCAUCGACCACCUCGAGCGUUCGCUGGGCGAGGGCAGCCUCGGUCUUGGGGAAGACACGGUCAUCCCCACUGCGCCGGAGGAUAUCUCGUUCUACCCUUUUGCGCAACCAGAUGCGAUCGACCUGGACUUUUUUCUGAAUAUGAGUUUCUAGCAGGAUGCUUCGAGACUCGAGCGUAACUUGGCCCCAUCAUCGCUAAUGUAGAGUCGUAUCAACCCGCUUAGGCAUCGUCCAAGGCCCG